AUGACAAAUCAAUUUUACGAAUUAUCAUGCUACAAUACAAAUAAAAAACUCCUUUUUAUUGCAGUGAAAUACUUGCGCGAGGUGACACCGUACUUCCGUAAGGCUUCGAUUAUCCAGGAGGUCGGAUGGGAGUUGCAGCGCGGUUUCCUCAGCGCGACGCCUCCCCCACCAAAGUCACCACCACGAGCCGACACGCGUUACCUGCCACUCCAGCUCUGUCGACUCACGAGAUCACACCCCUCCUCGGAUCCUGAAGGCCGCAUCCUGGAGCUCCACUCCCCGGACGGCGUCCACGAGUGCUGGCUCCGAGCAUCCGACAACACCGAGGCCAACGUCUGGUUCAACGCACUCCACUCGGCCCUAGCCGCCCUCACUCUCAAGGCCCUUCGAUUGGCCUCGGCACUACCCGACCCGCCGCAACUCCAGCACAUCGGCUGGCUCGCCAGGAGGCACUGCAUACAGAACGGCCGAGCGAGCAGCGAAAGCAGCGAGGACGGCGCCGGGAGCAGUGCGGGCACCUCGCGCUGCGCCGGAAGUGGCUAUGGCUCCGGAUGCGCCGGUGGAUGGCGCAGCAUCUUCGGGGCUGUCUCCGGUAGGGAGCUCAGGCUCUACGAGUGCGCGCCUUGGAGUCCCGAGGCCUGGGCCUCCCCUAGCAUCACCUGCCCACUUAUCGCCACCAGGCUGGUAUCAUCGCCGUCGAAGCCAAGCGAGCCUUCCUGCAGCACCAGCAGCAGCUCCAACGUCCAAUAUGGCGCGACCUUCGCGGUCCGGGUCGGCACCAUCGACGGCGUCGUAACCCACAAUCUGCGCGCGGAGACGCGAAGGGAUCUCGCCGCCUGGGCCCGAGCUAUCGUCCAGGGCUGCCACUCGGCCGCCCACUCGCUCCGAGAAUACACCGUUCGUUGUGUCUGGCAGGGUCGAGCCUGUCAGCUGGUGGUCCACCAUGAGGACGGCUUCAGCCUGUAUGUCGCGGGUACCCGGGGCAUCACCGGGAACGGCAUCAGCCCGGGCUCGCCACCGCCGACGCCACUCUGGCGACGACCUUUCGAUAAGCUCAGGAUGUCGGCGGAUGAUGGUGCGAGACUUCUUUGGCUUGACUUUGGUGGCGACGAUGCCGAGAUCGAACUGGAUCUGGAAAGCUGCCCGAAGCCCAUAGUUUUCGUGCUGCACAACUUCCUGUCCGCGAAGAUACACCGACUCGGAUUGAGUGCAUAGGGGUACGAGGGGACCCCCACGGAGGUCCCCGAUCUGCCACCCCACACCACAAGAUCCGUCACCAGCGUAUUUCUCCACUGAAUUUUGUUCGUAACCUUCUUUCCACCGCGCUCCAUCCUCCUGCGCCGCCCCUCACAAGGAUAACCACAUUUCUCUCGAGCCAAUCGAUCAAAACUAGAAUUAAGCACGAGAAAAUACACUAACGAUUGUCUAGAGUCUCUUAAGAUAAUUACGAUUGGCGCUAGAGGCUUCGUAAAAUCUCCGUUACAAGACAUCACCGAAAGUUGGCUUACGUGCCUCUAUUAUGCCCAAGUACGUGAACAAAGAGGGUCGAUGUGCGUGCGCGUGUGCGUGUAGAGAUAAGCCAUGCCAAACGUGGAGGCAAUUAUGUGCGAAUCGAAGGCAUAACGAAACGCGGUUAACUUGAGCUGCACUAAAGGCGUCGACAUAAUCGAGCCCUUAAAAUGACUCGAGGCGAGUUUAAUGCAGGAGAAAGAGGAAUGAGAAAUAAAAGAAGAACAAUAACAAGCAAUAGAAGAAAGG